ACUCAGUCGAAUUUUCAACAGACCUACGUGAUCCCCUUGAGAAUACUGUACUUUAAUUUUAAUUUUAUUAUUCAACUUGAGUAUUUUGUUUUUUCAUUUGUUCAAAGGAGACGUAUGUCGCGUCAUGCGCCGAUAAAACAUCGGAUGGGCGCACCAUCACAAGUAUAAUGGGGAAGCUGGUGACGCUCAACGUUGCCGUUCACUUUUCGUGGAAGGGAGUACAACGCAAGGACCAUAGAAUAGAAAAGAAACCUUUCAAGGAUCUGCUCAUAGCUAAAGUUAUGAUUGGGAGUGAGUGCAAGAAACGGUGGAAAAGUAUGAGGGACCACUACAAAAGGGAGAAAAAAGAAGAAAAAGGUACAACAGGGAAAGCUGCUAAGAAGAAAAGAGCUCAGUACUGGCAACGGUUGCAGUUUUUAGACACUGUGGAGGAUGAAAGAACGAGUUUUACGAAUGUUGUUACCGCAUCCGACGUUGGAGCAUCAUCUGAAACUCCACAACAAGGCAUUCCAGAAGAGUAUGAGGAGGAUGCUUCAAUGGAACAUAGGUCCAGGAAUUAUCUCCGCAUACAUCAUCUCAGCAUACUGAACAGACAAAUACGACCCCAUCCCAACAUGAAAAAAGGUCCGAACUUGAAUUUCACCGUCGAAAUCCGAAACAAAGGAAAGACAGUUCUGUUCUCCAAAAAUAUUUGCAGGAAAGAAAGGAAGACAGGAACCAUUUAA